GGGUAAAGAAGUAAAUAACCGUGGCGCAAUUAGGGCUUAUAAAAGAAAGUGUUUCAACGUUGGCUUUCUCUUCACGAACGCCCCCUCAUCAUUACCAAAUCAUCAUCUUCUUCAACCUUCUUUCAAAUUAGGGUUUUCUUUCUGAGUUUUCAAUUGAUCAAAAGUCUCGCUCUUUCUCCCCAAUCAUCUGGAUCUGGUUUGGUAUCUGUUGAAAGAAGGGAUUCAUAAUUCGUGUUCUUGAUCUAAAAUUCAUAAAAUAUAACGCGUGAAUGAGCUUAUGAUGGAAUCUAAAGGUGGUAAAAAGAAGUCUAGCAGUAGUAGUAGUUCCUUGUUUUACGAAGCUCCCCUCGGUUACAGCAUUGAAGACGUUCGACCCAACGGUGGAAUCAAGAAAUUCAAAUCUUCUGUCUACUCCAACUGCGCUAAGAGGCCAUCCUGAGUUGUAGCGUGCACCGAGUCUCCAACUAUAGUUAUAGUUUUCUUUAGUUUCCAGUUUAUAAUUUACUUUCUUCAAAGCUCCGUUUCUGCUUGGUUCCCCAAUCCAAUCGUUCUCUCCUCUUACUACAAGGCGACAUGGCUUUGUCUGCAAUCGGUUUCGAAGGCUACGAGAAGAGGCUCGAGGUCUCUUUCUUCGAGCCAAGCAUCUUCCAAGACUCCAAGGGCCUGGGUCUCCGUGCUCUGACCAGGUCCCAGCUUGACGAAAUACUCACUCCUGCUGCAUGUGAGAUCGUGUCCUCUCUCUCCAACGAUCACUUGGACUCUUACGUCCUCUCUGAGUCCAGCUUCUUUGUCUACCCUUACAAAGUCAUCAUCAAGACUUGUGGCACCACCAAGCUCCUCCUCUCCAUCCCGCCUCUUCUUAAGCUGGCCGGUGAGCUCUCUCUGAGUGUCGAGUCCGUCAAGUACACUCGCGGCUCCUUCCUCUGCCCUGGCGGCCAGCCUUUUCCUCACCGGAGCUUCUCUGAGGAAGUCUCUGUUCUUGAUGGUCACUUUACUAAGCUGGGUUUGAACAGCGUUGCCUACUUGAUGGGUAAUGAUGAUGAGACUAAGAAAUGGCAUGUCUAUGCUGCCUCCUCUGCCCAGUCCUCCAGCAACAACAAUGUCUACACGCUCGAGAUGUGCAUGACUGGUCUAGACAGGGAGAAAGCCUCUGUCUUCUACAAGAAUGGCGAGACUGGUUCAAUGACCGACAACUCCGGAAUCAGAAAGAUCCUUCCUCAGUCCCAGAUCUGCGACUUUGAGUUCGAGCCCUGCGGCUACUCUAUGAACUCCAUCGAAGGAGAUGCAAUCUCCACUAUCCAUGUGACCCCUGAGGAUGGGUUUAGCUACGCGAGCUUCGAAGCUGUGGGUUAUGACUUCAACACUAUUGACCUGAGCCAGCUGGUGACAAGGGUUCUGUCUUGCUUUGAGCCCAAACAAUUCUCUGUGGCUGUGCACUCGAGCGUUGGAGUGAACGCAUACAAGCCAGAGAUAAGUGUAGACUUGGAAGAUUACGGGUGCAGAGAGAGGACAUUCGAGUCUCUGGGAGAAGAGAGCGGAACGGUGAUGUAUCAGACGUUUGAGAAGCUAGGCAAGUACUGUGGGUCGCCUAGAUCUACAUUGAAGUGUGAGUGGAGCAGCAACAAUAGCUGCAGCAGCGAGGACGAGAAGGACGAGGGAAUCUAGCAGAACUAUUUUUGCUUUUUUUUUUUUAAUAUUAAUAAUGAAUAAUUGACUUGUGAAGUUGAGUUACUCUUCUUCUUAAGCAUUUGUGUUGUUGUGUCUUUUUUACUUUAUAUGAAUUCUGGUUUUAAUAUAUGUAAGACAAUUAUAUUUGCUAUUAUGAUCUAUGGGUUUUUAUACU